CCCCUCGUCCUGCCGGCCUCAACCUACGCCUCGGACAUCUCGUCCGACCUCACCGAGCCGCUGCACUGGUACGGGAUGGGCAAGCUGCACCCGUCGCACCUUGGCGACCAGGUGGAGCGGGGGCGGUACACGAUCGUGCACAAGCUGGACCACGACAACCACACGCUGUCGUGGCUGGUGCGCGACAACAUGACGGCGACCUGGCGGCGGCUCGACAUCCUGCACGAGUCCGAGGAGAUGAUGGCCCCGCGCUUCCGCGCCGCCGCCCAGGACCUCGAGGUGCGGGCCGAGCUGGGCAGCCCGGCCGAGGCCGACCGGCGCGGGCUCGCCGUCGCCUUCUUCACCGAGCCGGGCCCCAACGGUUACCAUGUGCAUAUCGUGUGGCCGCUCCACGGCGCGGGCAACUUCUUCCGCUCCGGCGUGCCCUUCGGCGGCGACGACGUUAGGAUGGACGUGGACUGGUUCGUGAGAGAGUGCGCCAAGCUGCGCCGCGGCGUCCCGCCCGCCUGCUUCCACGACAUUACCGCCCAGGAGAUGCUGGCGAUCCUGGGCCGCCCGCGCGUCAUCAUGCUCGACGCCGAGCUCGCCCGCCUCGUCACCGUCACCGAGUCCAUUGCCUUUCCCCGGGUACCGCGCUACCUUGUGCUGCGCCCGGAGCGGAUUGUGGACAUCUCCCGUCCCGACAACAGUUUGGCGGAGACCGAGGCGGAGACCGAGACGGAUGCUGACGAGUGA